AUGCCACAUUCACCGGAGUCCCUACUCCAGCUCCUCCAAAGCUUCCCCAAACCUCCAAACCAAAUCAAACAGAUUCAUUCCCUCCUAAUCACUAACGGUCACCUUCUCUGUAGCUCAAACAUUACCGCUUCGAAUUCGAAAUGGAUGAGCACCCUCCUCUACAACGCCUUGCAGAGAGCUUAUCUCAGUCUUGGACAAGCUCGCAACACGCUUGUUCUCUUCACCCACAUGCUUGCCCACCAAUCCACUCCCAACAGCCACACCUUCCCUUCCCUCAUCAAAGCCGCCGCCACUUGCUUACCCUCUUUGGGCAAACCCCUUCACACCCAAGUCGUCAAGCGUGGUGUUCUGCGUGACCCUUUUAUUCAGACGUCAUUUGUGAGCUUCUAUGCGCAUCUCGGCGAACUAUUAGACGCCCGUAAGAUGUUUGAGGAAAUUUCGCAACCUUGCAUUGUGGCGUACAACGCAAUGCUUGAUGCGUUUGGUAAGAAUGGGGACAUGAGGUCUGCUCUUUUACUCUUUGAUUGUAUGCCAGAGAGAGAUGUGGUCUCAUGGACAAGUGUUAUCGAUGGAUUUGGGAGGAAUAGUUGCUUUCACGAGGCGGUUAAAUUUUUUGAGAAAAUGACGGUGCAUGAGGAUGUGAUGUCAUGCUCGUUAAAGCCUAACGAAGCUACAUAUGUGAGUGUGCUAUCCUCUUGUGCUAAUUUAGAUGGCGGUGGAUCUCUUUAUCGUGGAAAGCAAAUUCAUGGAUAUGCUAUUAGGAAUGAGAUUGAAUUGACUGUUUUUACUCAGACAGCAUUAAUAGAUCUUUACGGUAAGAAAGGCUGUUUGAGAAGUGCAGUAAAUGUUUUUGACCAAAUGGUUUUUAAAGAGGUUUGCACCUGGAAUGCAAUGAUGUCUUCACUUGCAUCCAAUGGGAGAGAGAUGGACGCUUUGGAUGCGUUUGAGAAGAUGAAGGUGGAAGGGCAGCAUCCUAAUGAGGUCACAUUUGUUGCUGUUCUAACGGCCUGUGCUCGUGGAAAACUCGUGGAGUUGGGUUUGAAAUUGUUUAAGUUAAUGCUGCAUGAGUUUGCGAUUGUACCCACAAUGGAACAUUAUGGAUGUAUAGUUGAUCUCUUGGGAAGAGCAGGACUACUUAAGGAAGCAACUGAUAUUAUAAGCAGUAUGCCUUUUGAGCCUGAUGGUUCUGUAUUGGGAGCUCUUUUUGGUGCUUGUAAGAUUCAUGGAGCCAUUGAGCUGGCAAAUAUAGUUGGACAAAGGCUGCUAGAUUUGCAGCCACGGCAUUGUGGGCGUUACGUGACUUUAUCAAACGUCAAUGCUGUGAUGGAGAAAUGGGAUCAUGCCGCUGAUCUAAGAAAAGCAAUGGUGGAGGCUGGAAUUCAGAAAGUUCCAGCCUAUAGUUUGAUUGACUCCAUCUAGACAGUUAAAGUAGAAUUUCAAUGAGUCGCUCCUGCGGUGGCGAAUGGCUUCUCUUUUUCUAGAGAGAGUUUAACACGGGAUAAUACAAGAUUCUGAAAGGUAACGAACUUCCCAGUUGUUGACUAAGAGUGCAUAUUUAUUGCUGAAAUAUGAAUUGAAGCUUUCAACUUGAGAGUUUGAAUGGGACUUCAUGUAUUGAUGUGGUCGAUGAAGUUUAUAUACUCUUUGAUUUGGCCCAAAAGGGUUGUUUAUUAAUGCAUAUGAUAGGAUCACGGUGAGACUAUUCAUAUGGAAGGGCUAAGAUUGGUUGAGACAUUGGUCAAUGAAAUGAUUUUGUUAUCUCACAAUGAGUUGAGUCUUGGAUUAUGAAAAAUCAAAAGGUGCGCCAACUUUUAAUACAUGAUUACACUUGG